AUGCGAAAACUGAGAGUGCUGUACGCGGGCGACUGCUACAGCGAGUACGGCCACAUCAUCUGUGGGCGACAUGACGCACGACAAGCCCAUGGACUUCCUGGAGCGCGCACGGACUUUCUGGAGCGCGCACUGCACUACCGCCUACACAACCUCUCGGCUGCCUGGUUCCUGUCGUACCUGCACGCCAUCGACGCGUCCUCGUCCACGCUGGUCUACGGCAUCGUGGACGUCCCCGGCACUCGCCAUCUUCCUGGUCAAGCCUCGGACGCCUUCGACACGCUCGAUUCGGGCAACCCGAACGAGUCCACGCUCAAGUUCGGCGUCGUGGGUGUGCUGGCCCUGUGUGUGCCUUUCGUGCGGGGCGACUGCGCGGUUGGCUCCUCCCAGUCCAAGAUGAUAUCCAAGGCCACAGAGUCCAUGCAGUCGGCGCUGGAGCGACUUCGUGUUGCUGAAGCGCGUGUCGAGCUGCAACAGCGGAAGCGAUGCGUGGGAGAUAACACCAGCAUCUAA